GGGAAUCGAACAACAAGGCCUUCCAUUUUAAAGAGAGGAGGAAAAGAAAAAAAAAACGAAAAAGGGAAAACGCACGCGCACUCCCCCGGUGCCAAGCGGCCGCGACGCAUCGCAGCCGAGGAAGAGCACCACCCUCGCCGCCGGCGCCGCGCCGACCUCCUCCGUCCUCUCUUUCCUCCGCCGCGAAUCCACCCCCGCCUCCCAGUCGCCCCCCCCCACCCCCGCCUCUUCGGCUCUUCCUCCUCCUCCUCCUUUGGGGAGGGUGGUGGAGGCCUGCCCUAUGGCGAGCGGCGGCGGCGGCGGCGGCGGCGACGAUGAAGCGGGCGUGAAGCGCGUGGCGGACCGCUACCUGAAGCGGGAGGUCCUGGGAGAGGGAACGUACGGCGUCGUCUUCAAGGCCGUCGACACCAAGACUGGAAAUACAGUUGCAAUCAAGAAAAUCCGGCUAGGAAAAUACAAGGAAGGUGUCAAUUUCACUGCAUUAAGGGAAAUUAAACUUCUUAAGGAGUUGAAAGAUCCUAAUAUUAUUGAGCUAAUCGAUGCUUUCCCUUAUAAGGGAAACUUGCAUCUUGUAUUUGAGUUCAUGGAGACUGACUUGGAAGCUGUCAUACGAGAUAGGAACAUUGUAUUGUCUCCAGCUGACACAAAAUCUUAUAUUCAGAUGAUGUUAAAAGGUUUAGCCUUCUGCCAUAAGAAAUGGGUGCUGCACAGGGAUAUGAAACCAAAUAAUUUACUCAUUGGCGCUGAUGGACACCUUAAGCUUGCUGACUUUGGUCUGGCACGUAUAUUUGGGAGUCCAGAGCGGAACUUCACUCAUCAGGUCUUUGCCCGAUGGUACCGAGCACCAGAAUUAUUGUUUGGCACCAAGCAGUAUGGAUCUGCUGUUGAUAUUUGGGCUGCUGGUUGUAUUUUUGCUGAACUGCUGCUUAGGCGACCGUUUCUCCAGGGUUCUAGUGAUAUCGAUCAACUCGGGAAGAUCUUUGCAGCAUUUGGAACUCCAAAGUCUUCUCAAUGGCCAGACAUGGUUUAUCUUCCGGAUUAUGUCGAAUACCAAUUUGUCUCUGCGCCUCCACUUCGCUCAUUAUUUCCAAUGGCCAGUGAUGAUGCUUUGGAUCUUCUAUCAAAAAUGUUUACCUAUGAUCCAAAAGCAAGAAUUACAGCUCAGCAGGCUCUUGAACACAGGUACUUUUCAUCAGUACCAGUGCCAACAAAACCAUCACAGCUUCCAAGGCCACCACCGAAAGGAGAUUCAGGGAGUAACAAGAUACCAGACUUGAACCUGCAGGAUGGCCCUGUUGUGUUGUCUCCUCCAAGAAAGUUGCGCAGGGUGACUGCCCAUGAAGGGAUUGAUGUUCAUAUGCAUCGAGCGGACAGAAUGGAAGAACAUCCUUCUGGGCCGAGGCACAUGGAUGACAUGUCCGGCCAGAGUGCUAGGAUACCAAUGUCAGUUGAUGUUGGAGCUGUUUUUGGCACACGACCUGUUCCUAGACCAACGUUAAACAGUGCCGACAAGUCUCGUUUAAAACGGAAACUUGACAUGGAUCCAGAAUUUGGAUACACAGAUUAAAAGAAAGAAGUUUUACAUGCACCAUUUUUUUUUCCCAUACUGGCUUGUUGAUUUUUAAAAUAUUCUUUGGGAACAUAGUUCCACUAUCUUCUAACAAAAGAGAACUGUUUCCUGUUAUCGCUUUUUACUGCCCAGCCGGCGCAGGAAGAGGAAACUGAAGACUUAUGAUUAUUUACAACGGGACGUGCACAUGCCAUUUCAAUUGGCGGGCAUACAAAAAUCUGUAAUCUUUAUUGCAUAGAUGAGUUUACUUGUGUGAGCAUGUGCCUUCGAGUGUUCCCAAAGAUUGUGAUGAAGUAUCCCGUUCUCAAGUUCUGGUGUCAAUUUUCAUUCAGUUAAUGUAUGAACAUUGAAUUUUGAUUGUUGUCUAGUCGGUCAUCUUAGGUACAGUAAUUCUUGUAACCAGGAGCGGCUUAUAUUAUCUCGAGUAUCUGACACGUCUUCCUGCAAGACGGUGUAACAAUGCAUGGGUGGAAAAAGAAAAAAAGGAAAAAUAAGAGCAAGUUUUUUUUU